AAUAAUCCCCUGUGGGCUGGUGUAAGUAACCAAGAGGUUCCUACCAGUAUGAACCUCAUAACGGAACGUGCGUCUGUCACGGGGGAGCAUUUCCAACGCGUCGCGUCGCGCGAGUCGGUCAUUGACGGGCAAUUCGUGAAAAUGUCCACCGUUGGGAAUUAUUAUUAUACGUGUGUAGGAACAUUGCUGAAUUAUUACACAUUGUGUAGGGAAAAAAAAUGCGUGUUUAGGUUGUUGGCUGCACGGAACGGGGCGGGGGGGGUGAUGACAUCCAGGGUGUCUGAUUUUUGCCAAGACUUUAUUACAUAACUUGCCAACCUCCCAGUGAGCAGUCAUUAUAAUUUGAGCAACGCAGACGAUCGAGUUGUCGACCAGAAACGCUGCAAGACGGACACACAGAGAGACAGAGAGAGAGACAUACAGAGGGCGGUUGCUGUUCAACUUGCAGGUUGUCUUGGGUUUGGGGAAGUCAUUGACAGAUGCUGAGCAUAGCUCCUACCCCCAAACGUCCAGCGUGCGGCCAGACACAUAACCGCACACUAAUCGAAAGUUGUCACAGAUAUCCAGGAGGGGCGGGUGAGCGAGUCGCAACAAUAAACAAUAACAACGGCAAAACGUCGCAAUUAUUCGGUACAUUUCUUUAAUAACCUCGAACUUGUUUGGAGGGAAUCUGGCGUCUCGCUCCCAAGUGCGUCCUUUGUUUUUUGAAGCGAUUAUAUCUUCACAAUGGCUGACAUUUCCAGCCUGUUUGAAAUGUCUCCCCUCACCCUGGUUCUUAUAUUGGCUGCGUUCAUUUUGUCUGCAAUUGUCCUGCUAUGGCCAUACAGAAUCUUAAAGAAUAUGGGGGUUCCUGGCCCAACACCUGUGCCAAUACUUGGAACCUUCCACCACUACCGCAAGGGGUUCCGAGAAUUGGAUGAAGAGUGCUUCAAAAAGUACGGGAGAAUCUGGGGGCUUUACGAAGGUCGGCAGCCUGUGCUGAUGGUGGCUGACACAGGCAUGCUGAAACAAAUACUCGUCAAAGAUUGCCUGGAGUCCUUCACCAACCACCGGGUCUUUACAAAUAAUGGGAUCUUCGAUGACGCGCUCACCACAAUAGAAGACGAGCAGUGGAAGCGUGUCCGCAACGUGCUAUCCCCAACCUUCAGUGGCGGUAAAAUCAAGCAGAUGUGCCCUCUGAUUCAACGCUGUGCUGAUGUGUUGGUGCGUAACCUCCAUGAACUGUGCCAGUCGGGAAAACCAUUGGAUUUAAAAGAGAUUUUUGGGGCGUACAGCAUGGACGUGAUUGGAAGCACAGCGUUCAGCAUGGACGUGGAUUCUCAGAACAACCCCAAGGAUCCAUUUGUCGUUAAUGGCAAAAGCAUUUUGAAGAUCAACUUUUUGAAUCCACUGGUUAUUUUAAUUUUUCUCUUCCCAUUUUUGAGCCGACCGCUGGAAUCAAUGGGUGUGUCUUUGUUUCCAAAAAAAGCAUCAAAUUUUUUCACACGAAUCGUUCAGCAGAUGAAAAAGCAACGUCAGAAGGGGCUCCAUGACAUGGGAAGAGUAGACUUUCUUCAAUUGAUGGUGGAUGUUCAGCUUUCAGAAAACGCAUCAAAUGGAAAGUUGUCGAGUUCAGAAAAGUAUCUGACCGACAAGGAACUGGAGGCGCAGGCGAUUUUGUUCCUCCUGGCUGGUUACGACACCUCGAGCACAGCUAUCACCUUCGUGGCCUAUUCUCUUGCUUGUAACCCUGACGUCCAGACUAAAGUCCAGCAAGAGAUCGAUACAAUACUGCCAGAUGGGAAAUCCCCAGAUUACGAGACUCUGAAGCACAUGGAGUAUCUGGACAUGGUCGUGAGUGAGAGUCUGCGGAUGUACCCACCAUCAUUUCGUACGGACCGCGUCUGUAAAAAGACGACGGUUGUGAAUGACCUGGUCAUUCCCAAGGGUAUGGUGAUUAACGCGGCAAUAUGGGUGCUCCACUACGACCCGCAGUACUGGGACAAACCUCACGAGUUCCGGCCGGAACGAUUCACCAAGGAGGCCAAGGAGGCGCGUGACCCCUACUGCUACCUGCCCUUCGGUCAAGGCCCCAGGAACUGCAUCGCCAUGCGCUUUGCCCUGAUGUCUGUGAAGAUGGCUGUCUGUCGCAUCCUGCAGCGCUACUCCUUCCACGCGUGCAGCGAGACCACGAUUCCACCGCAAUUCCAGAACAACCCCUUUUUACAGAUUAAAACGCCACUGAAAGUGAAUGUUGUGGAGCGAAAGAAUGCCGAGUGAAAAACCAAUGAACGUAAAAACUGUAGGAAGAAACACGGAGGAAUGAUGACUGGAGCGCCAAUUAGGAGCACCACCUAGACCAGGGGUCGGCAACCAAAAUAACAAGAAGAGCCAUUUCUUUCCAAUUCGGUACAAAAUUCAGUAUUUCAAGAGCCGCAAUGCAUCUGGUACAUACGUACUCAUCGUCAAGAAGCAGCCCGUAAAGAGCCGCAUCCGGCUCCGGAGCCGUAGGUUGCCGACCCCUGACCUAGACAAAUUGUUCUUUAAGUACAUUUAACAGACAUGAUCCAUUUGUGAAUUAAUUUUCGCACGUACAUAUUUGAUUAAAUAUGAUCGAUAUUUUACUUAUUCACAUCCAUGUGUUUCUUAUAGCAGUGCAUGCACUGGCGGAGCCAGUGGGGGUAGGGUGGGGUGGCACGUGCCCCCCCCCCCCCCAAUGAUCCGAUCGAAAUCUCAAAUUUCGAUCAGAUCAUCCCUAAUUUCGAUCGGACCAAUGGGGUUUAUUAGUAGUACAUCGGCAUUUUGUGACCCCAACUGCCACUGUGUAGCAUAUUAUUACGUGCCAGGGACUCUAUGAGAUGAUAGGAUAAUAGUCUGAGUCCAUAAUUGGCAAUAAGUAACGGCAAAGUAGUUAUAAGUGACUCAGAAUUGUGCGCAGUUGCAUCAACACCUUCAGCGAGCGCGAUGCCGAUCACACAACGCGGUUCGAAUUCGACCCUUGAUCGAUGACUGCGCCAUUGCCGCACACGCGUCGAAUAAAAAGCAAGGGACAAGUCCUUACUUACUAACAACUCCCCGAUCAUUUUUCAUUGCUGGAGGGGUUGCCCCCCCCUACCUGAAAAUCCUGGCUCCGCCAUUGAGUGCAUUUAGACGAUGUUAUCUGCCGUUAUGGUUUAGUAGUUGAUAAACAAAAACAUGUAAUAAUACACUGCUUUUAAAGCGCACGCAUUCCUAUGAUGUACGAUUAUUGGGUGGCGGUUCUGAAAAAUUGUGUAGAUUCAAUAUUCUUAUUAGUGGGGACCAAUAACCCCUGUUCAUGUUCCACCAAAUGUUCAUCAAGAUAGUGCUAGAUUUACAGAUGCCACAGAGUUUAUGGGCUCAGUAAAUCACGAUUGAUUUGAACCUUUGGCAUCUAUGACUGAGCGCUAACUGCUAUAUAACACAUAUGCCAUUCCGCCAUAACAUCUUUCAUUUAUCGACAAAUGAUUACAGCUGGGCGAAUAAACAAACCAUAUAGAAUGGGAGGUUAAAUGGGUUUGCAAAUAACGACGACUGACGGGAUCGAUCUUUGGCCGCACAGCGUUUUCCGCAAUAUGAGACCUGGGAAUUAAGGGCCAGAGCCAGCGUUCGGCAAUCAGAGCUGUAUCGGAGUGUCAGUGGCUCUGGAUGAAGAGGAAAGACCCCAGCUGGGCCCCGAAGUGAGAAGGCCAGGAGGUAUGCAGUCAACAAUGCUUGACUCAGGGAGGAGGACGUCCCUGCCAUGCAUAGUCCCAUGGGAUGUUGGCUAUCAACAACAAGGCAACUCCUACGACUAAUUGGGCAUGGGACGCAAGCGUAGGAUUGAUCACCCUGUCGCUGGCCGCCUUUGGGGAGGGUGUAUAGUGUGAAAGGCCGAAACACCCGAGGAACCAAAGGUACACUACUGACGAUGCGCUCCCCAAAUUUCACCAGGCUCAUUGUUCAUGAACUCUUAGAAGUGCUUGCACAAAGGAUAGUAACAUCUCAUCCUGUGUUCUUGGAAUCAGACGCAGACUAAGUCUUGUAUUGUCGAAUCUUCUGGUCGGGUGUUUUUUUUUUCUUCGGUCAGGAGCCUACCGCUUUUGGGUUUCCUCCGUGUGCUUGUACUGUAAUCACAAAUUGCCUUAAAAACAUUGGGAUAUCGUUUAUACUGUUGAUAUGAUUAUGCAUGAUUUUUUUUGCCAAGUCGAUGCUCUGCUAAUAGUACAUUACACCGUAUGAACUAAA